CCACCUCAUGCAUCCUCCAUAUAUACACCUGACAGGUUAUAAUGGACCAGAAAUUCUGUAUCAGAUUAUGCAUAUUUUGUGCAUCUCAGUCAGUGAUGGCUUUUAACAUUGACCCCGUUUCCUGGAAAACCUUCACUGCACCUUCACCUUCACAGAGACAAAAUGUUGCCUUUGGCUAUAAGGUGAUACAGAAAGACGCAUUAAGUCUGACCGUGAGUGAUCCUUUAAUUCAAAUCAAUCAAGAUCGAAGAGGAUUGAUUUAUAACUGUGCUGUCAAAGAAGGAACCUGCUCAUCAUUGAUGAUUAAUGUGCCCUCGGAAGCUGUCAACUUGUCUCUCGGACUUUCCAUGGUUCAAGAUCCACGGUCUUCAAAGCUGGCGAUUUGUGGCCCAACCAUUCCAAAGAAAUGUGUAUCAGUUACCACCUUCAAUGGCAUGUGCUUCAUCAGUGAAAACAGUGCGUUUAAACCACCAAUACCGAGCUCUCUGAGAGACUGUCCUGGUCAGUUUGACAUUGCUUUUCUGUUAGAUGGAUCUGGGAGUGUGAAUGCAUACAAUUUUGGAACGAUGAAGAAUUUUGUGAUAAACAUGAUCAAGCGUUUUACUAAUCGGGAUGGACUGUUUGCCAUAGCACAGUACUCCAAUGGUUGUACUAUCCACUUCAAUUUCAAUCAACUCAAAGACAGCACAUGGGAAUCUAAGGUGACAAAUAUACCAUACUUUCGAGGUGGCACUUACACUGCAGCAGCCAUCAAAAAACUUGUGAAUGAGCUAUUUACUCCAGAUGGAGGGUCAAGGCCAUCAGCGAAAAAAAUCUUGCUCGUUAUUACUGAUGGAGAGUCACAUGACAGGAACUUAUUGAAAGAUGCAGCAUCACUGGCAGAGGCAAAGAACAUAAUACGAUAUGCGAUCGGGGUUGGCGGGGCUUUUAAUAGUUACAGUGCAAGAGAUGAGUUGAAUACAAUUGCUUCUGAUCCAGAUGUUGAUCAUGUGUUCAAAGUGACAGACUUCAAUGCACUGGAUAAUAUUCUUCAAAAGCUGGAAGAAAACAUUAUUGCCAUUGAAGGAACCCAGACUUCAGGUGAUUCCUCCAGAAUGGAGUUUGCACAGGAUGGAUUCAGCGCAGCUUUCACACCAUACGGAAGCGUGUUACUGAGUGCUGUGGGAGCUUUCCAGUGGAAAGGUGGAUAUCAGGAAUAUUUGCCAGACUACUCCUUUCUAACAGGCAGUGAGCAUGACAGCUAUCUAGGUUAUUCGAUGGCUAUUGCAACAACGUCAAGCACCAGCUUUGCUAUUCUAGGAGCUCCGAGAUACAAGCAUAAAGGACAAGUCUUUGCAUCACAACUCAGAUCCAAUCAAUAUAAACAGCUGCUGGACUCUCCCAAGCCUCAGAUUGGCUCAUAUUUUGGAGCUGAGGUGUGUGUGGUGGACUUGAACAGUGACUCCUAUACAGACCUACUUUUGGUAUCGGCACCAACGUACACAGAGUCUGACCGGGAGGGUAAAGUGUUUGUUUACAUCAUCACGCGUCAGGCACUCUUAAUUUUUUCGGAUACACUGGUGGGCAUGGCAGGUCAGAGGGGUCGGUUUGGCUCUUCUCUGGCCAGUCCAGCAGAUCUGAAUGGUGAUGGUUUCAUGGAUGUGCUGAUUGGAGCUCCUUUAGAGGAGGAUGGACAGGGCAGCAUCUACAUCUUCAAUGGGAUUGAUGGAGGGGUCAUUUCAAAAUAUUCACAGAGGAUUGCUGGAUCAUCUGUGCGACCAGGUUUGCGGUUCUUUGGGAUUUCAUUGAGUCAGUCUUCUCUAGACCAGACUCAAGACAGCCUUCCUGACAUUGCUGUUGGGUCCAAGGGAGCAGUUCUGCUUCUCAGGUCCAGACCCAUCAUGCUCUUGGAAACCAAAGUAACUUACAACCCAACCAAAAUACCAACCGUUGACCAAUCCGACUGCACAAAGCCACUGCAAAACGACCUGACUGUGUGCUUCAUCAUGAGCGGAUACAAACAUCGCAUAACAGGUUUGGCUGCAAAUAUUAAUUACACCAUAAUGCUGGAUUCCAAGCGACAUAAAUAUCGUGCAUACUUCUCUGCCAAAAACCGGCUCCUUAGUGAUGUGAUGAAGAUUGAGUUGCAGGAAGUAUGCAAAAUUCAUACUUUUUUUAUAGAGGCUUGUUCAGAAGAUGCUCUGAAUCCGUUGGCCAAUCAGAUAACAUUCACAUUUGAGGGUCUUCCAUCAGGAAGUAUGGGAAAUUUGAGACCAGUACAGCUGCCAGAGACAAAGACCACCACAGACCACAAUCUGGAUUUUGAGAUAGAUUGUGGAACUGAUAAUGUAUGUGUCGAUGACCUUCGAAUGGAUUUCAAUUUCUCUGGAUCUACGAACAUAGAGGUUGGAAUAAUGCAGGAGCUCAACGUGACCGUGUUUGUAGAGAACAGAGGAGAAAACUCAUACAACACUCUCUUCACCCUCAAAUACCCCUUUGGACUUUCCUACAGGAGAUUCACAUCUAAACAGGGCAGAGUGGAGUGUGUGUCUCUGGAUGCUGAGCGAGGAGUUACACUGGGAGAAACCUCCUGCCAGAUCAGUAAACCCAUCCUCAAGGGAAACACUCAGGUUGUGUUUGAUAUUACAUACAGUAUUAAUAAAGACAGUACACUGGGCCAAAAUGUGAGGUUUACUGCUGCAGUCACGAGUGGGAAUGACAAACACUCAAGCGACAGUGAGUUUAACAAACAGAAAACCAUUGAUGUCAAAUAUGCCAUCUAUAUUGCCUUGAUAAGGCAUGAAAAUUCCACCAUCCACAUUAAUUUUACUUCAGGGAAAAGGGAUCUUAUGAAACCGGUCCAGCAGAUAUUAAAGGUUCAGAAUGACCUCAGAGAAUUAACUUUCAAAGUUUUCAUCAGAGUACCAGUGAAACUUGGUGAUACUGACAUCUGGACUAAUUCAAAUUUGCAAAUACCUGGCUGUACCAGCGAGAACAUGACGAAGCCUGUUAUCACCAAUAUUGCGUUGUUGGACGUUAUUAAAAAUUAUCGUCUGGUGAACUGCUCUGUGGCGGUGUGUGCCGUGUUCAGCUGUGACGUCACUCUCAUAAAGAAUGAAAGGAAACUGUAUAAUAUAUUUGGCAAUGUGAGCUCUGGAUGGAUUGAACAGACUGGACUCAAGGCUGCUGUUUUUGAGUUGGUCAGUUCAGCGUCUCUGGAUUAUGACAAGAGCAAAUACAUUUUCUUUUCCUCUGAUUCUCAACACACUGCACCGUCUGUCCAGAUUAACACUCAAGUGGAGGUGUUUGAGGAUGCAAACCUGACCAAAGAGAUCAUUGGAGGAGUAAUAGGAGGACUGUUGCUACUGGCUCUCAUCACAGCGGCUCUCUAUAAAGCUGGGUUCUUCAAAAGCCAGUACAAGCAGUUGCUGCAGGAGGCGCAGGGCGAUGCAGGAGGAGAGCCAAACAUGGCACAAUAAUGUGCACUCAAACAGUUAGAAGUAAAUAUUUAACUUCCUUCUUUGCUAUGAAAACUGAUAAUGACUGUGAGUGUGAACUAUAGCAGAGAUAUUGGAGGACCUUGUUCUCACAUGCACAUUGUUUUUGAUAGUCACAGUUGCAAGAAAGAAGUCAAAAUUGCGAGAUAUAUACUCGCAAUUGUGAGAAAAAAAGUCUGAAUUGUGAGUUAAAGGGUUAGUUCUCCCCAAAAUGAAAAUUCUGUCAGUAAUUACUCUCCCUCAUGUUGUUCCAACCCCGUAAGACUUUCGUUCAUCUUCGGAACACAAAUUAAGA